AUGGGAUUUCUAAUCUCCUCGGUCAGCAUAGUUAUCAUCCUGACUCUAAGCAUCACUAUCACACUUCUGAGAAAAUCCAGACCAUCCAGGUUGCUACCCCCAGGUCCUCCUGGUAACCCGAUACUGGGCCAUCUCCGGCUCAUCCCCAGGGACCAUCCCGAACACGCCUUCACUCAAUGGGGAAAACAGUACAAGUCAGACAUCUUAUACUUCAACAUUCUAUCCCGGCCGAUAAUCGUCCUCAACAGCAUCGAAGCCGCCCACGACCUGCUCGACAAGCGAGGCGCCAACUACGCCGAUCGCCCACGGUUUGCUGUCUUCGAAGAGAUGGGCUGGGGCGUCACUCUUACCUUUCUGCGCUUGUCCCCUCGCUUCAAACUACACCGAAAACUCCUCCAGCAGUCAUUCACCCCGUCCGCAUGUAAACCAUACCGCGCGCUCCAACAAGAAGAAGCCCGCCGCGCAAUCAAAUCCAUAACGCAGAACCCAAACGACUGGGAAAUGCGCCUGCGUCAAUUCUCAACAGCGGUAGUCCUCCGCAUCGGAUUCGGAAUCGACAUUCAAGAGGAAAACGACCCGUACGUGAAAAUGGCGCUCGACGUCGAAGAAGCAACAGGAAAAGGCGGCGUCCCUGGUGCCUCCAUCGUCGACUUCUUCCCUAUCCUUCGAUACCUGCCUAGCUGUGCGGGGCGGGUGUGGGACGCCUUACAGCCCCUUGCUCAUGCGCGCGAUACAAGACCGUCUAUCCAGGCUUUACACGAUACACCGUGGGAUGCAACCGAGCCAUCCAUCAGGGCAGGGAAUGCAACGCAGCCAUCCUUCAUGCGUACCCACCUGGGUCGAUAUCUCGAUAACGAACAGGAAGGAAAAUCCAAUGAAGACGUAACAAUCGCCGAUUUAAAAGGCGCCGCAGGCGCAAUAUCCAUCGCCGGCGGGAAUACAACCUGGUCUACUAUAAUCGUAUGCAUUCUGAAUUUAAUGCGGUACCCGGCUGUGCAGGACAAAGCCAGGGCGGAGAUUGAACGGGUGGUCGGUCUCGACUCGAACGGGGAUAUAUUGCGUCUUCCGGACUUCGAGGAUAGACCGGCUAUGAAGUACCUCGAAUAUGUGAUCCAGGAGGCAACGCGGUGGGCGCCGCUUUCUCCUGUUGGCAUCCCGCACGCGUCUCUUAAUGAGGAUUAUUACAGGGGGUAUUACAUUCCUGGGGGAGCGACUGUUUUUGCAAAUACUUGGGCUAUGUCUCGUGAUGAGCGGCAUUACUCGUCUCCUGAUGAGCUUAAUCCAGAUAGGUAUAUCCCGCUAGAAGAGGGAGGGAAGGGCGAGCCACCUCCUGAAGGUCCGUUUGGGUUUGGGAGGAGGGUGUGUCCUGGGCAGCAUCUUGCCCUGGCUGGGGUUUAUAUUGCGGUUGCGACGCUGCUGGCGACUAUGGAUAUGAAGUGUCCUGUCAUUGAGAGGGGGGGUGUGAUUAUGCCCAAGGUAUCCUUUUCAAAUGGGCUGAGUGGUGUGCCUGAUAGUUUUCGGUGUAUUAUGGCUGUGAGGUCAGAACGGGCGAGACAGUUAUUACAAUCUUAG